GACCCAGCCGACAAAUUGCUGGUGGCGGCGCAGGCGCGCUGCGGGACUGGCGCGGGAGUCUGGCUGCGGGUCGCGAUGCCGUACGCCAACCAGCCAACGGUUCGGAUCACGGAACUCACCGAAGAGAACGUCAAGUUCAUUAUCGAGAACACGGACCUGGCGGUGGCCAAUUCCAUCCGGAGGGUCUUCAUCGCCGAGGUGCCCAUAAUAGCCAUCGACUGGGUUCAGAUUGAUGCCAAUUCCUCAGUCCUUCAUGAUGAAUUCAUUGCUCACAGGCUUGGAUUGAUCCCCCUCACUAGUGAUGACAUUGUGGACAAGCUGCAGUACUCCCGGGAAGAAACGGAGAGGAGCUGGUUAGUAGAAGCAGGGCGUCCAAUCUACUCGUUCCUACUGCCCUUCCUGCCUCAGGACUGCACAUGCGAGGAGUUCUGCCCUGAGUGUUCUGUGGAGUUCACUCUUGACGUGAGGUGCAAUGAAGACCAGACUCGCCAUGUUACCUCUCGGGAUCUCAUCUCCAACAGCCCCCGGGUUAUUCCGGUGACAUCCCGGAACCGGGACAAUGACCCCAAUGACUAUGUGGAGCAGGAUGACAUCCUUAUUGUCAAGCUGAGGAAGGGCCAAGAGCUGAGACUGCGAGCCUAUGCCAAGAAGGGCUUUGGCAAGGAACAUGCCAAGUGGAACCCCACUGCAGGGGUGGCUUUUGAAUACGAUCCAGACAACGCGCUUAGGCACACGGUGUAUCCCAAGCCUGAGGAAUGGCCAAAGAGUGAGUACUCCGAGCUGGACGAGGAUGAGUCACAGGCUCCCUAUGACCCCAACGGCAAGCCAGAGAGGUUUUACUACAACGUGGAGUCCUGUGGUUCACUGCGCCCUGAAACCAUUGUCCUCUCAGCCCUCUCUGGGUUAAAGAAGAAGCUGAGUGAUUUACAGACUCAGUUAAGCCAUGAGAUCCAGAGUGACGUGCUCACCAUAAACUAGCCGCAGCUCGUCUGCUGAAGACAACUAGGUUCAAGGUGACCACUGGACUUCAGGUCUUGGGAGCCCUUCUGGUUUCAGGGCUGUGGACUCCAGUUUGCUAAAGCUGCCUGGAAGGUCAUCAGAGUCAGGGCUUCCACUGGUAUUAGGCAGGGCAGUUUCUUAUGAGGCAUUUAGCAUCCCUGGCCCUACCUUCCUGAUCACGGUGGCAUUCCUCAGAACCCUAGGCAUCCCUUCCAUCCUGUUUCCUAGCUCACUAGCAGGGGGCCCCUAUUGCUUCCUAGUUGAGAGCUACUGGCCUAGACAUCUGGUCACUCCAGCUUUUUAAAUCUUUACCCAAGGAAAGGAGUUUUCACAGCCCUACCUUAGGCGUCUGGCAUUGGGACUGAGCAUUAGGACCUUCAUUGAAGCAGCCUGUGACCUUUCAGGUCCUCUUCCCAGGGUCAGGGCCCGCUUACUGGCACUUGAAGUUUCAGGUGUCCCUAAGCUGAGAAGUCACCCUUUGGGACUGGUAUUAGACCCUGGCUGUCCUCUCUGUCCACAGGUGAACUUGGUGUUUUAUACUCUGGCCUGACACUUGGGGUUGGGGGUACCACAGACCCCUCCCAUACUUCCUUUCUCUUUAGUGAAGUUCAGGCCCUGCCCUUAGCAUGUCUCCAGGUUGAAACAGACCCACCCAUAGUGGUUUCCAGGCAGCCUGGGGAUAAGCACGCACCAGCACAGAAAGGAAGGAUAUUUAUUGAUCAACAGUAGAUGUCUUUUUACAAGUUUUUAUUUUUGGCAAUAAAGAGCACAACAUAAUCUCC